UAGUAGGUACAGUGAAAAGAAAAAAGAUCAGCGUGUGCCUAGCAUUUCUUCCCUGGCUGAAGGCGUGGGUCUCGAGAGCUGCUUAAAAAGCUUUGCACAAAAAUGGCUUCGCCUGCGAUACCAUUCGCCCCCCUCACGUCCCAUCGCGCCGCUCCCUUCGUCCUGGGGUGUCCUCCUCCAUGGCCACCGCCACCGCCGCCUGCCGCUCGCCCACGGCCGCCGCCGCCGCGCCCUGACGCUGCUGCUGCUGCUAGACUGCUAGAGGAGGAGGCCGGGGCAGGCAGCUCGCGAGCUCGAUCGCCUGGCGGGCCCGAGCUGGAGUCGAUGGUGCUGGAUCUCAAUGCCGAGUCGCCGACGCCCGGCUCGGCCUCGGCCGCCUCGAGCUCCAGCGUCGUAGUGGGCGGGGGCUUCUUCCGGUUCGACCUGCUCGGAGGGACACCCGACGAGGAGGGUUGCUCGCCCUCGCCACCCAUCGUGACGCGCCAGCUCUUCCCCUUGCCGUACCCGGACGCUGCAGGUAGCACCGCCGCCUCGACGGCGUCGAACGGGUCGCCGCCGCCGGAGGUGGCGGGGGCAUGGGCGCGCCGCCCAGCGGAUCUCGGGGCGCCGGCGCUGGCACAGGGGAAGGUGAUGUCUGCGCCUUCGUCGCCCGCGGUUUUGUCUCCUGCCGCCGGGAAGAAGAGCCGGCGGGGGCCCAGGUCGCGGAGCUCGCAAUACCGGGGCGUCACCUUCUACAGGAGGACCGGCCGCUGGGAGUCACACAUCUGGGACUGCGGGAAGCAGGUCUACCUGGGUGGAUUUGAUACUGCGCACGCCGCAGCAAGGGCCUAUGAUCGCGCUGCCAUCAAGUUCAGAGGCCUUGACGCCGACAUCAACUUCCAGUUGAAGGACUAUGAAGAUGACUUGAAGCAGAUGAGGAAUUGGACUAAGGAGGAGUUUGUUCACAUACUCCGACGUCAAAGCACUGGGUUUGCCAGGGGGAGCUCAAAGUACCGCGGUGUGACACUACACAAGUGUGGUCGGUGGGAAGCUCGGAUGGGUCAGCUUCUCGGAAAGAAGUACAUCUACCUUGGUCUAUUUGACAGUGAAAUCGAAGCAGCAAGAGCGUAUGAUAGGGCAGCCAUUCGCUUCAAUGGACCGGAUGCUGUUAGGAACUUUGAUUCUGUUUCCUAUGAUGGAGAUGUCCCACUUCCACCUGCAAUUGAGAAAGAUGUGGUUGAUGGAGACAUCCUUGAUCUGAAUUUGAGGAUUUCACAACCUAACGUGCAUGAUCUCAGAAGUGAUGGUACCCUGACUGGUUUUGGAUUAAGUUGUAAUUCUCCUGAAGCUUCAAGCUCCAUUGUUUCUCAGCCAAUGGGCCCCCAGUGGCCUGUCCAUCCUCACAGCAGAUCGAUGCGGCCCCAGCAUCCACAUCUGUAUGCAUCUCCUUGUCCAGGCUUCUUUGUGAACCUCAGGGAGGCGCCUAUGCAGGAAGAGGAGAACCGGUCCGAGCCGGCGUGUCCCCAGCCGUUCCCCUCCUGGGCAUGGCAAACGCAGGGCUCCCGUGCCCCAGUUCUCCCUGCCACCACUGCAGCAUCAUCAGGAUUCUCUACCGCCGCUGCCACCGGCGUGGACGCGGCCACAGCCGGCCACAGCGUGCCGCCGCCGUCUGGUAGCCUCCGGCAGUUCUCGGGCUACCACCAGCUCCGCUUCCCCCCAACCGCCUGACGGAGACAGACCACCUCCUGUUGAGUUGGCGGCGGCGGCGGCGUCUCAUAGCUGGCCGGUGGUUGGCUGGCUGCCCAUGCAACGCCACGCCGGUGGGUGCGGGUCGGUAUUCGGUAACAGUCGCCACUGUUGGGUAUGGUUUUGUGGGACUACAGAGGAUGCAGUGAUCUCUCGCUGCUGCUGUGUGCUGUCUCUCUCGCUCCCUCUACCCACCCACACCUGUUUGUAAUAUGAAUUUAUCGCCCUCUCGCGCUCGUGAUUCGUCCAUCUUCGUUUCGUUUUGAUGGCCACCGGAUGGGAUCAUGAGCGUGUUGCGAGAAAUUGUGUAAUAAACCAUGCGUAUUUUUAUUUAUAUUUAUUUAUUGUGACGAUGGUA